AUGUCACAGACAGUCGACUUCCCGCAGUUCUCCCAGCUUCCCAAGGAGCUCCGCCUCGCUGUAUGGGGCUUCUUUGCGUUACCCAGAGGCCCUGCCGUACAUUCCAUCUGGAAUGGCGUAUCCUUUCCACCACGAUACCUGGCUACUAACCCCUUCGUUACUCCGAGUUGCAUAUCGGCGGUGAGAUCUCUCAUGCAGGUCAACCAUGAAGCACGAGAGGAGGUCCUACAGGGUCGCGAGCUCGUGAGACAUCGCCCCGACUCGGCCGGCACCUUCUCCAACGCUCGUUGGUGCCUUGAAAACAUCGAGGACGGCAAGGCCAUACAGCAACCGUACUCUUUCAUCAACUGGGACCUGGACUUGUUCUACUUCACCUCUCCACUGCAGUCCACGAUGAUGCGCUUUCUCGACGAGGCGUCUCUGCAGAAGAUCAGAUUCAUUGCUGUCGAGACGACAAGAUUCAUAGUUCAUUUUCAUGAGAAUGUCUUUCGGCCGUCGUGUUAUCCGCUGUUCCCCAUACACUAUCCCACGUCCGGAGAGCUGCUGCUCUCACUCGAGCGAGUAUUUGUUGUGUUGCCGCACUAUACUUUGAAAAGCUUCAUAUAUAAGAGCCGGUUUCCCGAUGGCCAGCCGCGCACCUUUGGGUGGGAGAGCGAAGAGGCCAAAGUCGAGCACUCGGUGCACCGUUUUGAUGAAAUGCGCAUGUCGUUGCCCCGAAACGAGUUCGACUUUCACCCCGUUGACUGCGAGUCGUACGACUAUGCCAUUAACGAUGCGCCCUGGACUGGAUAUGAACGGGAUGCAUUGAUCGGAAUCACGUUCCAGGAAUUGAUCGACAAGACGACGGAACAAGUGGAAAAGGAAAUCAUGGAGUUCGGUGGACGCCAUGUUGGUACCGAAGUCAUGAUAGGUGUCCUGGAAUGUGCCAACAACAAAUUGCUCUGCUACAGGUUGCUGGCCACGUACAUUCGGAUCGUCUUGUCCAGUAACGCCGUUGCACGAUGA